AUGGACACACGGUUGACUGUAAAGAAUCUUGCUGUUUUUUCUCCGCUUGUCUCUGGCUUAAACUAUCUCUUUCCGAUCGUCAAAACUCAUUCACUUGAAUCAAUGCCAAAAACCAAUGAAAAUGUUGAUUCGCCAACUGCUAAGAUGGUUAGAGUUCCUCCAAGAAGAGGGCAAAUCAAAGCCAAGAUAAUGACCAACUUGGUCAGAAUGGUAGAAGAUGCAGCGAGAGCCGUUUGCAGCAAGGUUCAAGUGGCUGAGGAGUCACAGGAGCAUCCUUCACAACCACAUGACUCUAGUCAUGCUUAA